AUGGCUGUGAACACGAGCGUCGCUCUUCUCGGCCCCGAGGACCCCGAGAGCAGCGCUGAAGACUCGAGCUUCGGCUCUCUCACACAGCCACCUCCUGCUUCCUCCACUCCACCUCCCUCUUCUUCGUCUCCCUGCACAUCUCCUGAGGAGGGCGAGCGCAGUUUAUGUCCAGAGACUGAUUCUGCUGAGAGUGAAUGCAGACUAAUCCAACUUAGUCCACCAGAGAGACUCUUUAUUCAUGCAUGUGAGGAAACAGAAGAGACAACAGCUGCACAAGGGACUCCGAUUGAUCCUCCAGUCAAACAUAAAUCUGCAGAUACAGAGGAACAGCACCCCCUAACUCCUCAAACUGUCUCUGAGCCUGUCUCUGAGCCUGACUCUGAGCCUGUCUCUGAGCCUGACUCUGAGCCUGUCUCUGAGCCUGUCUCUGAGCCUGACUCUGAGCCUGUCUCUGAGCCUGUCUCUGAGCCUGUCUCUGAGCCUGUCUCUGAGCCUGUCUCUGAGCCUGUCUCUGAGCCUGUCUCUGAGCUUGUCUCUGAGCUUGUCUCUGAACCUGUCUCUGAGCUUGUCUCUGAGCCCGUCUCUGAGCCCGUCUCUGAGCCUGUCUCUGAGCUUGUCUCUGAGCUUGUCUCUGAACCUGUCUCUGAGCUUGUCUCUGAGCCCGUCUCUGAGCCUGUCUCUGAGCCUGUCUCUGAGCUUGUCUCUGAACCUGUCUCUGAACCCGUCUCUGAGCCUGUCUCUGAGCUUGUCUCUGAGCUUGUCUCUGAGCCUGUCUCUCAGCCUCCAGAAUUAUUAACCUCCAGUGUCUCCUCUGACUGCGUGAGCCCUGAGGUCCACCUCAGCCUGCAGCAUGACACUGCUGACUGUUUACCUCAACCUGGAGGUUCAUCAAGUGAGCCAGAGGAAACUAACGAGAUGACGUCUGCCUUUGACAUUGAUAUUCGUCAAGAAACUCCCAAAAUUUUAGCCACUGAGGUGCCGUCCCAGAGCACUGAGGUCCGUGCUGAUACCAGCAUCUGUGAUGUGAUUCCUAACGACUUCAGCUGCCCGGACGAGAAAGCCUCAAGUUUGGACUCCAAGGAGGACCAAUCCCUGAUCUCAGUGGACCCAAAUCAGAUUGAUGUUUACGCCUCAACUCCGUCCUACGAGAUUCACCUCCUGGGUCAGGAGCCGCCGGCGACCGCUGAGGAGGGAGAGAGAGAAGGAGGGAUGAGGGAGAUGGUGUCCGAGCUGCUGGGAGAGGACGCCGACUCCUCCGUCUGCCGCCUCUAUCCCCACCCCUGGAUCAAGCUGGGUCUGGAGGAGACCUGCAGGGGCUGGGCCCAGGGCGCGUCUGUCGACGAGCCCAACCAGGGCGAGAGUAAGACGGGCGCAGGCGACACGGAGCAGAUCCCGGCCUUGGUCCCGGAGCUGCAGCCGUCGAUGGCUCUGCUGGGAGCUUACCCCUACAGCACUGUGAUGCCUCAGGGACCCUGCGUGUGGGACUGGCACACAGACUGCACCCCGUCUGCACCGGCUGCUGCCCCUAGCCUUAACCCGGACGCUCAGGUAUGGACCAAUCAGAACUUUAACUUGGACGUCCCCGGCUCCACCUACCUUCAGGCUCAGCAGCCAUGGCUGCAGUUCACCGACGACCUGACCAGUCAGGAAGGAUACGUGCCGGACUUCCAGCUGGGGAACGUCGGCCUGGCUGAGGCCGUGGUUGAGGCAGAUCCCAGCACGUUAGAGUACCAGCUGCUGACUGCUGAAGCUCCCGUUACUAAUGGAGAGCCCAUUAACCCACCUGUUACAGAUGAGACCAGAGAAGAGCUGAGGACAAUUUUAGAGUCCUGCCUGACCAGGGAGCACCUUGGCAACGACCUGUACCUCAACUCUCAGAUGGACAGCGACCAGUACGUUCCCAUCGCAACCCUGGCCAGCCUCGACAAGAUCAAGAGUCUGAGCACAGACCUGGACCUCAUCUCCGACAUUUUGAAAUCCCUGCCGCUGGUCCAGGUGGCUCCAUGUGGACUGAAGGUCCGACCCUGUCAGAGUCGAUGUGUCGUCAUCCUGCGCGAGAUCCCCAUAACCACACCUAAAGAGGAGGUGGAGGCUCUCUUUAACGGGGAAAACCUUCCAAAGUUCUUGAGCUGUGAGUUCGUGAGCAACGAUAACUGGUUCAUCACCUUCAAAUCUGAAGCCGAGGCACAACAGGCCUACAAGUACCUCAGAGAGGAGGUGCGUGAGUUUCAGGGGAAGCCAAUAAUGGUGAGGAUAAAGGCUAAAACCAUGGCAGUCACCUCGUUUGCCCCAAAAAAUGGCUACAGACCCGCCCAGAUGGACCAGUGUGGCAAUCAUUAUGGCUCGUACUUCCCCUCGAGCACCUACCAGCAGCCCUGCCCCUCCCAGCAGCUGUACGACUUCACCACCGAGGUGUGGGCUUCAGCCGGGGCGGGAUUCCCAGAUUGUGCUGAGCAUCAAACAUUAAUGAAUGACUUCAUGAAUGGAUUCUCCAGUUUCAAACCUCACAACCCGCACAGGCCGAGGAGAGGCUCGAGGUGGUCAAAUGGUGGAGACCGCUGGCAGUCCAAUCAGAAUGACUCCUCGCACCCGUCAGAUCAAGCACCGUUGGAGCGCUCCUCGUCUCCCGUGAGGCCGGGGCGAGGGCGGUCGCGGGGAAACACGCGCCGUCCCAGCAGAGGUGGAAGGACGGAGCCCAACAAGCAAAUUUUGUCGCCCACUUCUGAAAGGGGAAGGAGAGGGACCUUCGUCCAGGGGAGGAGAGGGGCCCCGAGGUCAUGGGACAAAUCCGCUGGAAGCAAUCGUAACGCACCAAGUCAGUCGCCUCCUCGCCAGCCGUCUCCUCCUGAGCUCGGCCUGACGAGCUUCCCUCCUCUUCCUCCAGCAAACACUGCCAUAGCAACGACACCUGCAGCGAAUGGCGACGCCAAGAUUCCAGUGAAAAGCAGCAGCCCGUGUGCAUCAGUGCCAACAGUGUCACAAGAUCUUCAGCCAAUCGUAGAGCAGGAUGUGAAGGAACGCUCGGAGACGACCAGCGAGGCCAAACCAGCUCAGUUUACACAGGAAGCAGUCACAGAGUCCAAGAAGCCGAGUUAUGCCGAGAUCUGCCAGAGAGCAUCGUCCAAUGAGCCGGUGGCGCCCGCAGACCUCGCCUCCUCAGGGGCAGAGCACGUCCCGGCGUUUCCAGGCCAAGCGUCCGAACCGGUGCUGUUGCAACGGUGAUCAUAUCGGGUGGAGAAAAAAAAAAAGACUUUCUGUCCUCAUGGUGUCAUAUAAGCUAAAAAUGUAUUACUGUGCCGUCCGAAAACACAAACCAGCUGCAGAUUUACUCAGGAAUUAUCUGUGAGUAUCAUUCUACAUUAAGCAUCAGAAAUCAACUGAGUUUAGGUCUGGAUUUUUAAACUGAAGCUUUCAUAGAAACAGCAGGCAGCGUGCAGCGGGAGGGAGGAAGUCCGGCUGGUUCAGGACGGGCCGGGCCGGUGUGGACUGCAGGAUGUUAACUUUUCAGUUUUUAGUGCGAGAGCUUGAGAGAAUCUGUAAAUGUUGUUCUGCAGCUUUAGGUUUAUUUCUUGGUUUGUAGUUGAGAUGAGUUUCCUGAGAGCCUGGUUUUGAUUUAGCCUUGUUUUGCUGAUGGCUCCUCUUUUCCUGCCGUUUGUGUGUGUUUGACGUUUCCUCGCUGUACAGGACGUUCUGCCAUGAUUUUCUUUCUUUCUUUUUUUCCAUACAUCUGUGUUAUUCUUGAGUCUACAGGGCUGCUGUGGGCACACAUGAUGCUUUUUGUCUAAAUAUUAGUACCACUCACCCAGUUUGUUUCCACUUUUAGACACUGGUGAGAUGAACCCAGGUCAAACCAGUGUGUGAGUGAGCACUGGGAGGUUCAGGAAUCAAAUUGAACUUGAAAGUAUGAAAAGUACUGAUUAUCAAAACUUUAUCUUUGCAUGACUUUUUUUAAUUUACUUUUAGACUUUAAUUUAUGUCAUAUUUUUUAUUUAUGUUCGAUAGGAGUGCUUUUGUGUGUUAAAGUUUAAGUCUCGCCUGUGUUGAGAAAGAGGUCAGUGUCCUGAUGUCCAGUGUGUUGGACACGGGUAGGCUCAUUUCAGGUCGUCCUGUAGACGGUAACACGCCUCUGGCUGGGUGCACUGGUUACUCAGUGUCCAUUAACACGCACCACUUCAGCACAGAGAACCUGAACUGUGUUUGAGCACCUGAAUUUGUACCGAGUCUCACGCUCUUUUGUUUAAAAUACACCAUUUUAAAUGUAAUCAGCUGCCGUGGAGAAAGAGCGGGCGUGGUUGUGGCACAUGUUACUUUGUCUGUACAGAUGUACAUAUUAUUGAACAAAU